CUUUUACAAACCAACUAGAGAGAGAAAUAUCAAAGAUAUAUAGUAAGAAGAAGAUGAUGAUGCUUAUGAAGAUGAUCAAAGGGCUUGCAAUGAUGGUCUUCAUAGGCUAUCUUUUCCUAUGGGUGAUCACACCAACCUAUGUUUUUAAGAAAAAGUGGAUCCUUAGGGUUCGAGCCCACACCACUUCUACUUACUUUGGAACUCAAGGUCCAACGAUGUUGCUCUACACAUUGCCCGUUUUGAUCAUGGCCGUCUUGGGAAGUGUGUAUCUCCAUUUAAGAAAAAAGGCGAACCAAAACCGCGACGAAGGAGAUAAAGAAGCUACUUCCGAUAACUUGAGUAUAUGGAAAAGGCCAAUGAUCAUCAAAGGUCUCGGAAUCGUCUCGAUAAUCGAGCUCGCUUUCUUCGUUAUGUUUAUCGCUCUCAUUGUCUGGUCUUUCACAACAUACUUACAUGUCAGUUUUGCCGGUAUUAACCAUAAAACAGCAGCAAAAAAUGGAGAAGAAGUUUGGCAAUCAAAGUUGAGUUCAGUGGCUCUACGGUUCGGGUUAAUUGGUAACUUGUGUCUAGUAUUUUUGUUCUUCCCAGUGACUCGAGGAUCGUCUAUAUUGUCGCUGUUCGGGCUAACUUCUGAGGCCAGCAUCAAGUAUCACAUAUGGCUGGGCCAUAUUGUUAUGACCCUCUUCACUUCUCAUGGUGUUUGUUACAUUAUUUAUUGGAUAGUAACCAAGCAGACAUCAGAGAUGGUGAAAUGGGCAAAAACCGACAUAUCAAAUGUAGCCGGAGAGUUGGCUUUGGUAGCAGGAUUGAUUAUGUGGGCAACGACGUUUCCUAGGAUUAGACGAAAGAUGUUUGAGGUUUUCUUCUACACGCAUCACUUGUACAUCCUAUUUGUCGUGUUCUUCGUGUUCCAUGUUGGCAUAGCAUAUGCCUCCAUGAUGCUUCCUGGAUUCUACCUUUUCAUGAUUGAUCGGUACUUGAGAUUUUUACAAUCAAAAGGGAAGGUUCGUUUGGUUUCUUCGCGUGUUCUUCCAUGUGAAACUCUCGAGCUCAACUUCUCCAAGAGCCGAGGUUUGAAUUAUACACCAACAAGCAUCAUAUUCAUCAAUAUCCCAAGCAUUUCAAAGGCUCAAUGGCAUCCAUUCACCAUUACUUCAAGUAGCAAUUUGGAGCCUGAAAAGCUAAGUGUUAUGAUCAAAAGUGAAGGGAGUUGGUCUAGGAAACUCUACCAAAUGUUAUCAUCCCCGAAUUCUAUAGAUCGGCUUGAUGUGUGCGUUGAAGGACCUUAUGGACCCGUUGCAACCAAUUUUCUAAGGCACGAUAUGCUAGUGAUGGUGAGCGGAGGAAGUGGGAUAACACCGUUUAUCUCGAUAUUUAGGGAGCUUGUUUACACAACCGAAACCCUAAAAUGUAAAGCUCCAAAAAUUCUCUUGAUAAGUGCGUUUAAAAACUCAUCUGAUCUUACCAUGCUAGAAUUGUUAUUACCAUCAUCCGGUUCACCUAUAGAGUUUUCAAAACUAGAGUUACAAAUCGAGGCCUAUGUAACAAGAGAGAAACAACCCGUGACCGAUGAUAAGAAACUAGUGAAUACCCUUUGGCUUAAACCAAACCCCUCCGAUGCGCACAUAACUCCUGUUUUAGGACAAAAUGGUUGGUUAUGGCUUGGCGCAAUUAUUGUAUCUUCUUUUGUGGUUUUCCUUGUGUCUAUGGGACUUGUAACGCGCUUUUACAUCUAUCCUAUUGAUAAGAACACAAACAAAGUGUACUCACUAGGAUCGAGGGCCGCGUUAAAUAUGUUGCUCAUUUGUGUGUCGAUUAUGGUAACAUGUUAUAUGGGUUUUUGGUGGAAUAAGAAGAGAAAUGCUAUGGAUUCAAAGCAAAUUCAAAACAUGGAGGGGGCGACACCCGUUAACUCACCCAACUCAUGGUUUUAUAACGCGGAUAGAGAGCUUGAAAGCAUGCCUCAACAAUCACUUUAUCAGUCUACAAAUGUGCAUUUUGGCAAAAGGCCGGAUCUUAAGAGAAUUAUGUUUGAGCAAAAAGAAUCAAGUGUUGGAGUUCUAGUUUGUGGGCCAAAGAAAAUGAGGCAUGAGGUUGCAAACAUAUGUUCAUCUGGAUUGGCUUCAAACUUGCAUUUUGAGUCCAUAAGCUUUAGCUGGUGAUCGACUGGUCGGCUUUUGCAAAUUGCAAAACAUGGUGUGCGACGAGUUGGUUUUUCUUUUCAUAUUCGUCACUUACAAGUUUUGAUGAUUCAAAGUUCAAGGUUUCAGUUUUGUUCCGAUAGAGCGUCCAAAAUAUAGAAAUGUGUGUAAAUCGGAUACAAGGGUGCCUUAUCUUUCCUUUUGCUUGUAAACUUGUAAUGCAUAAAUAAACUGUUUAUAUAUCAAACUUUUUGUAUUUAAAUUA